CCUUGGCUGCCGAGUCUCUCCGUGGCCUCCUCACAGAGCAGGCUUCGCCCUGGUCUCAGUCUGACAUGUCCAGCCUCCAGGCACUGUGCUCCGGCCUGCCCCUGCGGCCCCUCCCAGAGAACCGUGGACGCUGGCCUGGGGUGCCCCACGCCCCAGUCCGAACCCCUGGCCUCAGCCCUGCAGAGGAGCAACUGGCACUGAGGAAUGCCCUCCGGUACUUCCCCCCGGACAUCCAGGAGCUGCUGGCCCCCGAGUUCGCCCAGGAGCUGCGACUGUACGGGCACAUCUACAUGUACCGGUUCUGUCCCGACAUGGAGAUGAGGGCCUACCCGGUGGAGCAGUACCCCUGCCGGACGCGCGCGGCUGCAGCCAUCAUGCACAUGGUCAUGAACAACCUGGACCCUGCCGUGGCCCAGUUCCCCCAGGAGCUUGUGACCUACGGAGGAAACGGGCAGGUGUUCAGCAACUGGGCUCAGUUCUGGCUGACGAUGACCUACCUGGCACAGAUGACAGAGGAGCAGACCCUGGUCAUGUACAGCGGGCACCCGCUGGGCCUCUUCCCCAGCAGCCCCGGGGCCCCAAGGCUGGUCAUCUCCAACGGGAUGGUCAUUCCCAACUACUCCUCCAGGAUGGAGUAUGAGAAGCUCUUCGCCAUGGGAGUCACCAUGUACGGCCAGAUGACCGCCGGCAGUUACUGCUACAUCGGCCCCCAGGGAAUCGUCCACGGCACGGUGCUCACCGUGCUGAACGCCGGGCGUCGGUACCUGGGUGUCCAGGACCUGGCCGGGAAGGUCUUCGUCUCCUCCGGGCUGGGCGGCAUGAGUGGGGCUCAGGCCAAAGCCGCGGUCAUCGUGGGCUGCAUCGGUGUGGUGGCGGAGGUGGACAGAGCGGCCCUGAUGAAACGCCACGAGCAAGGCUGGCUGAUGGAAGUGACCGACAGCUUGGAUGGCUGCAUCGAGAGGCUCAGGGAAGCGAGGAGGAGGAAGGAGGUGCUCAGCCUUGGUUACCAUGGCAACGUGGUGGAUCUCUGGGAGCGCCUGGUCUAUGAACUGGACACGACGGGGGAGCUGUUGGUGGACCUGGGGUCAGACCAGACGUCCUGCCACAACCCGUUCAAUGGUGGCUACUAUCCCGUGCAGCUGGGCUUUGCAGAGGCCCAGAGCCUCAUGGCCUCCGACCCUGCUGCCUUCAAAUGCCUGGUCCAGGAAAGCCUACGGAGGCACGUGUCGGCCAUCAAUAGGCUGGCCAAGGAGAACUUCUUCUUCUGGGACUAUGGCAACGCCUUCCUCCUGGAGGCCCAGAGAGCAGGGGCUGACGUGGGGAAGGCGGGGGCCGACAAGACAGAGUUCCGCUACCCCUCCUACGUGCAGCACAUCAUGGGGGACAUAUUCUCCCAGGGAUUCGGGCCUUUCCGCUGGGUGUGCACGUCGGGGGACCCCCAGGACCUGGCGGUCACAGAUCAGCUGGCCACAUCUGUGCUGGAGGAGGCCAUUGCAGAUGGAGUGGACCCGGCUGUGAAGCUGCAGUACAUGGACAACAUCCGCUGGGUCCGCGAGGCCGCCAAGCACCGGCUGGUGGUGGGCUCCCAGGCGAGGAUCCUGUACUCAGACCAGAAAGGCCGUGUGGCCAUCGCUGUGGCCUUCAACCAAGCCAUUGCCCGGGGGGAGAUCAAGGCGCCUGUGGUGCUGAGCCGAGACCACCAUGAUGUCAGCGGCACCGACAGCCCAUUUAGGGAGACCUCCAACAUUCAUGACGGCUCUGCCUUCUGUGCAGACAUGGCUGUGCAGAACUUCGUGGGAGAUGCCUUCCGAGGAGCCACCUGGGUUGCUCUUCACAACGGCGGGGGUGUCGGCUGGGGAGAGGUGAUCAACGGGGGAUUUGGCCUUGUGCUGGACGGGACCCUGGAGGCCGAGCAGAAGGCCAAGAUGGUGCUCAGCUGGGACGUCUCCAACGGAGUGGCCCGCCGCUGUUGGUCCGGGAACCGUAAGGCCCACGAGACCAUCUGCCGGACAAUGGAGGAGAUCAGGGGCCUGGUGGUGACACUGCCCCACGAGGUGGCCGAUGAGCGUGUGCUCCAGCAGGCCCUGCGGCCAUGAGGGGGGCUGAGAGCCACCCAUCCUCACCGACAACCACACCACACCUGCUGCUGCCCACUGCCCUGACCCGGGCCCAUCACCCUCAGGGAGGGCCACCACGUCCCACCCCCGUUUGAAGACAGAUCGGCUGAGGCCAGACUGGCGGGCCCUCUGCAUCACUUUGCGGCUCUGCUGGGGGCCUGGGGGGCCUUGAGGGUCUUGCUCAGGGCAGGCGCCUGGCUCCAGGUGCUCCUGCGGUGAACCCUGGCUGAGCUGGGCGCCGCCUCCCUCCAAGGGGCAGGGUUUCCUUCGGUCAGGUUCUCAUUCAGCUGCUGCCUUCCUUCCGCGUGCCUAGGGCCUCCAGGGAACUAGUCGGAGGCUGCCCCCCACCCCUGUGCUGCUGUCCACGCGGGGUCGCCAUGACCUUGCUGUGCAGAGCGCCCUGCUGUGACCUGCCCCUCACUCUCCUUAGUUCCCAGCCUCAGCAGAGCCCCAGCCGGGCCCACGUCAGGCCUAAAAAAUGACUCAGCCUCAACAAAGAAUUGAGAAAGAGUUCAGGGGAUGGGUCUCUAAGGAGCCACAGAAAACUUGACACCCCUCCCUUCCCCAUCCCGUGGGGGGCUGAGUCCUCAACCAUCACACUACUUGCCUCCUCCCCAGUGGCCAUCCCGCCUUCUCUCAAGCUAACCAAACCCCGGUGUUGUCUGGGCAGCAAUGUACACAGUAGGAAGUGGUCCUCAGUGAGACCCUGAAUAAACCUGGCUCACAGCUCUUACAA